GUUGGGCCUUCGUCCAGCAAGCCGACCUAGCACUGUACAGUCACAGGCACUCCUUCUCUCCAUUCUCGUACCUUUAAUCAUACUUCUGACUCCUUCAACAUCUGCUUCACUUUGACGCUGCACUGCUUCUCUACCAUACAUGACCUGUUUCCCGGUGUGCGUUCUCUCGUGCUUCUCCUCGAUCUCUCUGACUGCUUUCAAUCACUCUUGAACUUUAUCGUCUCAUCUUACUUGGGGUCUUCCCUCUGUUCCCCCCCCCGAAACUACAUACAUCAUGUCGUCGUCAAUUGCAAUCCCGAUGACCCCGUCGUCGGCCAACACAUAUCACCACCACCAGUCACCCCAGGUCCGGGGUGCUGCUAGCUCUUCCUCGUCGACAUACUCCAGUUCACCUCAAACAUCUUCCCCGACUUCCGUUCAGAAGCGAAAGAUGGUCCAUGAACGUCGUCCUAGCCUUCUCAGCUCCGCCUUGUCGAAGCAGGAAAGCACCGUUAUCAACAUCGGCGAACCAAACGGAACUCCCCGCCUUAUCACCUACCUCUCCUCGAGCCAGGGCUUUGCGUGGAACCCAGAGAUCUUCCUGCCGUCGUAUGUCGAUUGUGACUACACCCCGCUCGAGAACCGACGGGAGCCCGUACACGAGAUUGUCCUUAGCGAUGAGGAGAUCAACAACAUGUUUCCCCAAUAACGGCGUCCCUCAGAGACGGCCAUGACGCUACACAUGAACAUCUACGUCCUGAGCGCUUAGACCGACGAUUCUCACGAGACACAUUUUCUUUCCACAACACGGCGUCCGGCCACGACCUGUACCCCCUCCGACUCUUUUACAUCAUUUUAUCAGACUGCUUUACAAACGAACCACUACGGCAAAUGGGCCCAUGUUCGAUCCGGAUACGAACCUGCAUGGGAGUACACCAAGUGGAAACACAGUACAAGUCGCAUUUCCUUCAUCUCCGACAUCGAGGAGCUAUUAGUGGCACCGGCCUUUGGGAAUCAUCGGGGGAGUUGGGAUCGUUUUGGCGAGACGGGUUUCCUUGACUCAAGUUACAUUUCUUAUCUGUUUGUUGCCGUUUGCUUUGCUUUUGGAUUGGGGCGUUCCAUGGGAUUGCAAGCACAUACCCUCCUCGAUCGUGUACUAUGCCGCCUUUACCGCGGCUUUUCCCUUUUCAUUGAUUUUCCUCCCGUUCCAUAGUUCAAUAAGGUAGCGUCACAAGGACACUAUACAAGUC